GGUUCCGGCAGUGGGUUUGUCAUUGUGAGGGGCUCGGGGUCCCCUUCGUUACUGUGUGUCAGAACAAUAUGCUGGAUUUCGUAUUUGCUGUUGAUGAUUCUGUGACCUGGCAUAUGAUGAACUUGUUAAAGAACAGGAAUCAUUAUUCCUUCCUAAAAUUUUUUGGGCCAAAACAGAUAACUAGUAUGCAGAGCUACGGAGCAGGAAUUUACUACAACACUUUAGUGCCAUGUAAUGGUAGGAUGAUAAAAUAUGGUGUAAUUAGCACUGAUACCCUGAUUGAUGAUUUAUUUCACUGGAAAACCCUCUAUGUCGCUGGGCGCCUACAAAAGCCGGUGAAAAUACUGACACAGAAUGAGAAUAGCAAGCUGCAAGCUGCUCUUGUUAGCAACCUGAAGAGUGCAGUCACAGCAGCCUUUCUCAUGUUACCAGAAAGUUUCUCUGAAGAAGACCUCUAUAUGCAGAUUGCAGGACUCUCCUACUCUGGUGAUUUCAGAAUGAUAAUAGGAGAAGACAGAUCGAAAGUGCAGAACAUAGUGAAACCCAACAUACCCCAUUUUCAGAAGCUGUACAGUACCAUAUUACAGGACUGCCCUCAAGUGGUAUAUAAGCACCAUCUGGGAAGGCUAGAGAUUGAUAAAAGUCCAGAAGGUCAAUUUGCACAACUAAUGGCUUUGCCAAAGACUCUGCAGCAAAAGAUAACUUCUCUGGUAAACCCUCCUGGAAAAAACAGAGAUGUGGAAGAAAUUUUACUACAAGUUGCCCAUGACCCUGACUGUGGAUUUGUGGUGCAUCAAGGCAUUUCAGGAAUUGUGAGAUCUUCCAGUAUAGUGCAGAGUGCUAAAACCAUACUGACAGCUGGGGCAAAGAAAUCUGUAACUUACAGUAUGAAGAAAUUAUAUAAAAUGACAAAGGGAUGGUUAAGGAAGACAUCUUGAGUCUUGAUGUAGUAUGUAUGGGUAAAUAAAUGGUACUUUUUCUCUAAAUAUUUUGCAGAUACCACUUUGCAUACUUGAGAAGAUUACAAUGCAUUUAAGAAGUCCAUUCUAAUGAUUUACAUGCCCAAUAUUAUGAAUGAAAAGGAACUUUUUAGUGGGAGAAGGUUUGCUGGUAAUAGGGCAAAGGAAUUCUACUCUGUAAAUACUGAACUGUAUUGUAUACUAGAGCUUGGAUUUUCAGAAACCCCUAGUAAAAAGAAUUGAUUGUACAUAUGAAUGAAAACCCAAAGCCACUCAUUUUCUAUGUAUUGCUAGCUUUAUUUUCCAAAUUACCCUCAGACUCUUUCAAAAUAAUCAAGUUCUUUCAGGGACUUAUGGAACUGGAGAGCCCACUGAAUUUUGUGUAGAUAAGAAACUGUCCUUUCACAUUUCUGCAUUGACAAGUUCAUCCUUAGAAUUCUUCUGAGGAUCCUCACUGGAUGCUUCUGCAGGGCAGACCUUAUGGAAAGGACAUUUCUUCUCACGUGUGACAUUCUGAAUCCAAAAAGCUUCCACGGUGACUUUCAGUGUGGGAAAGAGAAAUGAGCAGCUUGUCAGGUGUCAGGUUUCAAUCCUUUCAUAAAAAUCCUUUUAUGAGCCUGAGAUGAAAACUGCCCAACUCAUGGCUCAGCCUUGUCAGAAGAGCCAGAGUUGGAGGGAAAAUCAUAAUUCCAUGGACGUACUUGUGCAGACUUAUGAAAUAUGUGUUGUUUGGCAAAAGAUUCUAUCAAAGCACUUUGAAGUUGGGAAUAUUAUGAACAAAAGCACAUAUAUUUUGAUUCUUUGAUUUUAUUUUUUUUCCCCUCAAAAUACUGUCCACAAAGGUGAAACUUGUUUUCCCUUUAAAAAUUAGCUAAACUAAAGAAAAUUGGAGUUUUACAUAACGUGUUAAUCAUGCCAUUAAAGAUUGGACAUUUCUGGCAGUUUUCAUGUGUGGUGCAAUAAAUUUGGAGGAUCUUUUGUAAACAGAAUAUUUUUCACACUCAGGUGGGUUUCCUACUUUGGGAAGUUUAUCUUAUUAGAAAUAAAUUUAGACAAGAUUUAAUUUUGUUUGUGAAAAUGUCAAUGAUAAAAAUAAUGUAAUGGUAAAAAAUGGAAAUAAAAUGUAUCUUUCCUGAUUAGCAUGUUUUUUUUUUCUUGUAUAUUAUCUGAUCAGUAGGGUUAUCUCAAGCUACAUUCAAUUUAGUGAUCUCACUUUAAAUUAUUGGAAUGAAUUUAUCUGUUAAUUGUUUCCAGGGAGCAGUUCAAAGCUUGAAUUUAAGAAAGACAACAGAAAAUGUAUUAUUGUAUGUAAUAUGACUCAUGCAGGCUUACUUUAAUCAUAGGACAACUUUAAAAUAUUGAUUAUUUUUAAAUAUUUGAGUUUGAGAUUUUAAACCAGAGUCAGGAAAUAAAUGUGUCCCCUUUUUAAAAUUAUUAUCUUGAAAAAUAUUAUUCCUGUGAAAUAGUAAAGAAAUUACUGUGAAAAUUUCUAAGGCCAUAGGUAGAUUCCUAAAACUUUGCAUUAUCCAUUGGUGAUAGAUCCAGAAUGUGUGAGCUAAAUCCCCUCAAAUGUCCCUUUGCUGAUAUUAGAAGGCUCAUGACCCUUUUUAUGGUGAUGAAGAAUGUUUGUAUGUGUGGUAUUAGUAUUCCCUGUCCCCCCUUACUAAUGGAAGAGGCCAAAUUCCCCAAUUUGAAAAGUUUACCAUAUAAGAAACGUAACCAGGGGCUUUAAGCCACUGCUUAAAUAAACUUAACUUGGGUUUUGGCUGGAUUUUUUUGUUUGCACGAAGAGGUUCCUUUGUAGAUAAUCUAGAAGUCUUUUAUACAUAAUACACCCUAUCCACCUUAAAAUUAACCUCAUAUGAGUUAAUUAAGUGAGGGCUUACAGUAGCCAUACCAUUUUUAAC